CAGUUUCAGCCAAUCAGAGACAGAUUUCUCGGCAGACGUCAAAGCGGAGGUUGGUUUAGCCCUUUGUACAGUGAAGAAUUAGCCUGUGCUCAAAGUUAGCGUUCACAGUAGCGACACAAUGAAUUGUGAUCAUUGACAACAUAUGGAUCCUUACCCGACCAGUUAGCAAGCUUGUUAUGCUACUGCUAGCCUGCUGUCAGUUCAGCCUCUCUUACUUGACACAAGCCUGACAUUAAACCUACUGGAGCAUUCUCAAUGAAUAAAGCACACAAAGACAGCAGUUUAAAGCACAUAGCACUUUCCAGCUCUGACCCCUGAACUCACUGUGAUUGAAAACUCUUGCCAUCAGUGACCUCCUCAUGUGCAUCAUCUUCUUGAAGUUUGACCCUCGGCCUGCAUCCAAAAAUGCCUACAGGCUUAUUCUGGCUGCUAACAGAGAUGAGGUCUACAGCAGACCGUCCAAGGCUGCAGACUUCUGGGGCAGCAGCAGUGAGAUCCUCAGCGGUCUGGACAUGGAAGAGGGGAAGGAAGGUGGUUCAUGGCUGGGAAUUAGCAAACGAGGAAAACUGGCAGCACUGACCAAUUAUCUGGAAGCCCGGCAAAAUCCAGAUGCCCAGGGGAGAGGUUUCCUGGUGUCCAACUAUUUGACGGAUAACCUGGACAGUUUUGCGUACCUCCGUAAAGUGUCUUCAGAAGCUCAUUUAUAUAAUGGCUUCAAUCUUCUCACUGCUGACUUCAGGGCCAAUGAAGACACAUUGUGUUACUAUGGAAACAAGGGCAAUUCAGAGCCCAUUCAUCUCAAAGCAGCAGGAAUCUAUGGGUUGAGUAACUCUCUUCUGGAAACUCCUUGGAGAAAACUGCAGCAUGGCAAACGACUGUUCACCAGUGUAGUGAGCAAAACACUGCCCUCUGAUGGCUUAGUGCAAGAACUGCUCCAUAUCCUCAAUAAUGAAGAGCUAAACACCCCGGACCCCGAGCAGGAGAGUCAAGGUGUGGGCUACAGUAAGGCCAUGCUCCGAGCCCUGUCUGCAGUGUGUGUGCGCUCACCGGGAUACGGCACAAGGACCAAUACAGUUAUCCUCAUCGACCGAGAGGGAAACGUGAGCUUUACAGAGCGCACCAUGCUAAAUUGUGACACCACCCAGUGGAGCACAAAUAGCUUCCACUUCAAACUGCAAGAAUGAGGGCCAGAUGCCAGGCCAAGGGAAGAAGCCCCUCACGCUGUGCCUUUAUCCAGCUCAAGCCAUGCAGCACCACUGUUUCUACCGAUAUGAACAUCAAGACUUUCCUGUUGAAACAGGAAAGCUGUUAAUUAUUACUACAGCUCUGUUCUGAGAGGAAGCUUGAUUGCACUUUCCCUUUUUUCUUUCUAAUUUAGCUCAAUAACCGAUGGCUCACACGGAAGUUACGACCACAGACCUCAGAUUUCCAUACAGUUUACAAUAUUUAAAGUCCAUCCACAGAAUUCCACAGAUUUUCCCUCAAAUCAGUGCACAAAGGUCCGCAUAUUCCGUCUGGAUCUACUCGUGAGGUGUGAUUUUGAGUGCAUGUGAUUCUCUCCCCAUUUGUUAAUGAUUAUAGAAGUAGAUAAGUAUAAAGAAUGUGAAAGUGUUAUUUAUCCACUGAAUCCCAUUUUAUCACAAACUAUCAUUGGCAUGAAAUGCUGUUGGACAGAAUCGUUUGAUGAGCAAGAUGUCUACUGCCAAAGAAAAAUUGUGUCCAUCACAAUCAUUAUGAACACAAGAAAAUAAAGCGUUUCAUAAUCUUGCACAAUGUAAAAUUUGCUUGCUAUUCGGUGCGGUAGUGAUCCACUGUAAUAACUUUAACUCAGGAACACACUGAAAGCUACUGCCAAAAAAAAGUUUUAUUUUUUUUAAACAUUAAACAGCAUUUUCGAUCAUUAGUUUAAAACAGAUUCUUUUUAAAUUUAAAUGACAUUUUUUGUGAUACUAAAUGAAACCAUUUUGAUUUAACUUUGUAAGUGUUCAAAUUUUGAAGUCUGUAUGGUUUGAUAUUUCCAUUGCUGCUUUAUUAAUGUUAUCUGAAUUUUAAGAUCAACGCAUCAAUGCGUUUUAUGUCAGCUGUCAGGAAUCCGAUAUGAACAUGUCAUUUAAUGUCACGUCUUUAGUUGAUAACGGUGUGCCUGAAAUUUAGUAUUCAGCUUUUAAAUGACAGUUGCGUCCACAUGCCUCCUUGUCUGAAUCUGAUAAUAUGCUACUUUACUUGCCCUAGAUUAGGCCGCAAGUACCGUUCAAAACUAGUCCCUGAUUUGUGUGUGUGUGUGUGUGUGUGUGUGUGUGUGUGUGUGUGUGUGUGUGUGUGUCCCCAUCCGUAUGUGUCUCUGUGUGUGUUUUGUCUCUUCAGUUAGUGAAAAACAGAUACAUUUUAGCCAGACACCGUUAUCUUGUCUGAACUGCAACAACAUUUUACUACCAAGGUAACUGAAAUCAAGUGUGGGAGCUCUGGUAUUCUGCUCAGUGCAGUGACCUGUGUUAGUUUCUCUUGUCUUCAUGUGUGUCAAGAAUAAAGCAUUUACAGUUCUCCUUAAUAGAGAUGCGAGUUACUGCACAACAUAAAAACAAGCGUGUUGUAUUAGCUAUUGCAUCUGUCAUCUAAUGUAGGGAUGUGACUGAUUGAGGUCUGCUGCCAUCUAGGGACAUGUAACAUUUUUAUGCCCGGAUGGUGAAGCUGAUCCUAAAUUAAAAUCCAACAAAUAAUUUUA